UUCAGUUGACUGUCAAUCAGGUUUUUUUUCUGUCAAAGUGUGGGCUUAGAAUAACGGACAGAAUAACUCACGUCAUAUUUUGGAAAGUACUAUUUUUUUUCUACUGGCGCGCGGCGUCUUCUGUCGCUGACAGGUGCGCGGAGGUAGUUAGGUUAGUUAACUAGCUUGUUUUGUUCGACAGAGCAACAAGUGGACUGUUUUGUUUUGUAUCGUGAUGGGGAUAUCGCGCUGUGCUGGGACUCCUCGCCAACAGAUUGUGAAAUCCUACCUAUCAUGUGAAGGCUUUGGUUGUGGUUUGUGUGUGUGUGUGUGUGUGCGAGGGACUGAGACGGUGUAACAGAGAGCUAAGCUUCGUAGCCUCACCCUAGGGGUCCUGGCCUGUAAAAAAAAAAGGUCCCUGGAACCAUGAAACCAUGACAGGCAUCACUUAUUCAAGUGCUGCUGGAAGGCUUCCGAAAGAAAUCCAGGUUCUUGAACAUCCUUCGUCACCCGGGAAUGUUGCAGAACCCCCGUUUAAGAUUUUAGAACCCAGCACCACGCUGGACCCCUCGGAGAACCCGGUUCCCGAAUCUUGUCGGGUCAAAGGCCAGAGAUGGUUGGAACACACGGGCAACGAGGGAGGAGCAAAGGCAGAACCGCAGAGACACAGAUGGGGAAGAGGAGUCAGCAAGAGGAUGGAGAGAGGAAGGAGAGAGGAGCCGUGCGACUUGGGGAUCAAAUGCAACAAGGACAUAAACAAAUACCUAAACAAUGGGGGGAAAUGCGCGAAAGGAAAAGACAAUAGCACGACAGACGUGUGUGGGAUUUCUGGGAUUCUGUCCACGGCAGAAACAGACGGUGAAAGGGAGAAAAGGGAGAAAAGGAUGAGAGAAAGGAAGACUUGGCCCGUUUCUCCCUGGCCAUUAUACCUGAAAGUCAUCACUGGAAGAAGGGAAAACAUGAUGAAAAGGAUGAAGUGGCAUCAUCUCUUCAUCUGGUUCACUCUCCUCCUCUUCAGCCUGUGUCCAACACCUGCUUCAUCACAGGGACAUUUCCCCAGAAUGGAGAACAUUGCUGCCUUCAAACCCGUGUCCACCUCCCCGUCUCGGUCCACCUGUGGGUUCCCGGAGCGGAGCAGCUACUGUCGGUCGCCGUCCUCUCAGGCCGAGCUGACCACAUGUCACCAGGCCUUCUGUGUCCAGGAGUGUCCCUAUAGAGACUCCACACCUCCAUAUGCACCACUGCUACUGCCUGCACACAGGGGUUCCUGUAUAAAUGAAGACAGCGAUGACACUCGUCCUGGGACUCAGACGGAGAGCAGAACCACGACCAGUUCAGAGGGGCUUUCUGGUGGAUCCAGUAGUGUGCUCUUUCGGCUCAUCCAGGAUGGAUGUGUGGUCUCCCCCCGCUCACAGGCACUAGGAGCACUGGGUUCCCUCACUCUGGCAUUGUGGAUCAAACCAAGCUCUCCUGGAGAAAUGAUGCUGCUGGAGAAGAGCUCAGGCCAGCGGUUGAUUUUUUCUGUGACGGUGUCCGAGCAGAUGGUCACACUGCGGCACGGUCGGUCCGAGACUGUCGGCUUCAGAACAGAGGGGAGGCUCACGCCGGAGAAGUGGACACACCUCGUUUUGCAGGUCCACGACAGACGUGUGAGUCUAUUCCUGGAUGGGUUUGAGGAGGACGGGACGCCAUUCGACACACAACCUCUCUCCGCCAGGCUCUCUGAUAUCGGCGAGGACCGAGCAAUGUGGGUGGGACUCAGCUCCAACGGGUCUAAUCAGUUCAUUGGACGGAUGCAGGACUUUAGAUUGUAUCCUGCCACUCUGACCAACAGGGAAAUCAUGGAGGUGUACUCCGGGGUUCUGCCUGAUCUCCAUGCCCAGUCAGAGUGUCGCUGUCCUCCCAGUCACCCCAAAGUACACCCUUUAGUUGAGAGAUACUGCAUUGCCAACGGCGUUGAGGACACCACGAGCGACAGAGUCUUACGGCUCAACCUCAAUGCCCAUCCACUGAGUUACAUCAAUGAUCAGGACAUGGGCACCACGUGGCUUUCUAAGAUCAUGACGACACAGGACCUGGAUGAAGGACUCACUCUUACCGUGGAUUUGGUGAAUGGACAAUACCAGGUAUUCUAUGUUAUACUACAGUUCGGUGGGCUCUUGCCUGAGUCACUUCUGAUCCAACGACGGAGGCUCGACCUCACGGAGCCGGAGAGGGGCCGCUCCGCAGAGCAGCCCUGGCUGGACUGGCAAUACAUGGCCAUGAACUGCAGUGUGUUUGAAAUGCCAAACAACGGGCCGCUGCUGAGACCCGACUCCGUCAACUGUCUGCAGCUGCCCAGCGGUUCUCCUUUCUCCGGAGGGAGCAUCAUCUUCAGCCUGCUGACCCCCGAGCCAAACCUCCGGCCCGGCUACAGUGACUUCUACAACACGCCCGCCCUGCAGGAGAUGGUCCACGCCUCCAAGGUCAGGAUUCACCUGAGUGGACUGUCCCACCCCGAAGCAGCCGGGGCGAACCAGCGCCACCGAUACUACGCCAUCAACGAGAUCACCGUCAGCGGCAGAUGUGAGUGUCACGGCCAUGCAGACCACUGUGACACCCGUGUGACGCCCUACCGCUGCCUGUGUCUGCCCGAGAGCCACGCGGAGGGAAACAAUUGCCAGCGCUGUGCACCGCUCUACAAUGACAAGCCAUUCAAGUCAGGUGACCAGCUACAGCCUAUGAACUGCCGGUCUUGUCAGUGUCAUGGCCACGCCCCCACCUGUCAUUAUGACAUCAGAGCCGAUGACCAGCCAGAUGAGCACUACAGAGGAGGGGGAGGAGUCUGUGACAACUGCACGCACAACACCACUGGUAAGAAUUGCGAGCUGUGUAGAAGUGGAUUUUUCGAGCUGGAGGGAUCUGACCCCACGUCGGUGUCUUUCUGUCAGCCUUGCAACUGCAACCCAGCUGGGAUUGUGAACAGCAGCACGCAGUGCGCCCAGGCAGGAGGCCAGUGUCAGUGUAAGGCUGCGGUAACGGGUCAGCGGUGUGUCGACUGUCUGCCGGGUUGGUUUGGUCUUCAAGCCUCAAAUCCAAAUGGCUGCACCCGCUGUACCUGCAGUGACAUCGGCAUCAUCGGCACCUCAACAGGAGUUGCCGGUUGCGACCAGGACACCGGCCGGUGCCAGUGUAAACCCCACGUCACAGGUCUUCCUUGCGACCGCUGUGAGUUUGGUUAUUGGAACCUGUCCCACCCAGACGGCUGCGUCCCAUGUGACUGUGACCCCCUCGGUUCCCUCAGCCCAUUUUGUGAGCCCGAGGGGGGGCGGUGUGAGUGCAAGCCCGGGGUGGGGGGGCAGCGCUGUGACUCUUGUGGCAGGGGUUCGUAUGGGUUGAGAUUGGAGGGAUCCUGUGGCCCCUGCAACUGCUCACAAGAAGGGACCGUACCGGGGAGAGACUGUGAUCCUCACACAGGACAGUGUGUGUGUAAGGAACACGUGGAAGGCCGUGACUGUGACUCCUGUCGUCACGGUUACCACACCCUGGAGCAGCGGAACUCCCUGGGCUGUCUGCCGUGUACGUGCGACACCCACGGCACCGUGCCGGAGGGUGUGUGCGACGUGUGGACCGGACAAUGCCCAUGCAGAGAAGGGGUGGAGGGAGCACAGUGUACCAACUGUGCCCAAAACUACUACAACCGGAGCUCAAACAUCCAGAAGGGGUCGUCCCGGGGCUGCCUGCCUUGUAUUUGUGAGUUCAGAGGAACAGUGGCGGGGUCGGUGUGUGACAGCAGCACAGGGCAGUGUGUCUGUGUCCCUACGCGCUCUGGAAAGGACUGCAGCAGCUGCCGGCCUGGCUUUUACCUCUCUCCAGAUCAGAGUGUGUGUGCAGAGUGCGACUGCCAUCCAAUGGGAGCGUCACAGCGUGGUUGCGAGAGCCAGACCGGACGCUGUGUGUGUGCCCAUCCCUCAGUGGGCGGCCGGCGCUGCGACCAGUGUCCUGAGAUGUUCUACGGAUUCAACCCGGGCGUGGGCAGAUGCCAACCGUGUGCAUGUGACCCGAUGGGAAGUGUCGACGGUUCAUGUCAUCCAGACUCCGGGGUGUGUGUGUGUAAGCUGCUGGUGACUGGAGACAAGUGUGAUACAUGUCAACCUGGAGCCAGUCACUUCGACCCCGAGAGCCACUUUGGCUGCAGUAAAGCACCCUCCCAGCAACCUGCACCAGGAGGUGUUGCUCUGAGUUUUUCCUCCAUUCGUCUCUCUUGGCAUCCGCCUGACUCCCCGAACUCAAACAGACUCAACUACACUCUGGUCAGGGAUGGACAGUCGGUGCACAGCGUCCAGAGUCACUAUCCUUUCACCCCUGAAUCGUUUGAAGACGCUGUUUUGUUUCCCUUUACAAACUACUCGUACUGGCUCGUGACGGCUAAUGUGGCCGGUGAGACCAUAAGUGCAUCCGCCUCGUACCAAACUUUGGGCGCACCGCCAGAAGUAGAACAGCUCCAUUUAAACCUUGUUGGACGACCCGGUCCAACCACUGCUAGCUUUAACUGGAGCACGCCACGAAAUGACACAGGCCCAGUGGAAAGGUUUGCGCUAUCGUCCGUGGAGUCGAGUGGAGCAGAGCCCGUCAGUCACUACACAGGCCUAUCCACAGAGGCCGUGGCCAGCGGUCUGAAGCCCUUCACCCAAUACACUGUGACUCUGGAGGCGUGCUCCUCCGGUGGGUGCACCACUUCUCCGCCGUUGUCUCUUCUGACAGCCUCUGCCCCCCCACAACACCAACCACCACCCAGAGUCACCGCUACGGGACCUCAUACACUGCAGGCUUCCUGGGAGCCUCCUAGUCAGCCAAAUGGUGUUAUCACAAGGUUUGAGGUUUUUCUUCGUGGACCAAUAGAAUCACAGGAUCCUUCUCGUCCUGCCGUUGAGAAGCGGGUGUUCCUCAGCGCCGGUUGGCUGGAUCCAAGUGUUUCCCCAGAAGUGCAGCUUUCCAAUAGGAGCUCAGUCCCGCCCCCCGAGAGCAGCGCCACUGUAGGAGAGCUGCAGGCGUUCUCCACCUAUCAGAUGAGAGUUGUGAGCGUCAAUAUCGCAGGAAGUGUCACGUCCGGCUGGGCCGCAGCACGCACCAUGGAGGGAGUCCCAGAGUUGAUGGCCCCUCCAGAAGUGUCUGCAGCGUCAUCCACAAGUCUCAAAGUGUCAUGGAGUGCAACGGAGGGUCACGGGGUCAUUGCCAGAGGACCGGUCACAGAAUUUCGGGUCAACUUGCUCAAUGAACAGACCAACAAUCCCUACGCGCCUCCGGUUAUUAGCCAGGUCUUACAUAGGGCGGGUCCAUCGUCGGCGCCCGUUCAUUUCGUGAAGGGACUGCAGCCUUACCGUGUGUACAACUUCACCAUGACACUCUGUACAAAGACGGGUUGCAUUUCCAGCCCGCCGGGCGCGGGGCGGACCCUACCAGCAGCUCCAACAGGACUGUCUCCACCUCAGUUCCAUCCAGUCAAUGAAACCAGCAUUCAGAUCCACUGGGACCCCCCAGCCCGGCUCAAUGGACCAGACCCACUAUAUCAGGUGGAGAGGACAGACGUCUCUCUCUCUGACCCACAAGCUCCCGUUGUCAGAGGAACCAGGUUCUCAGGAAACGGUUACUACCAGUUUCCCAGUGACACACUUCCUGUCAACACAGACUUCACAGGUGUUGAGUUGAGUUUCAGGACUCUGUCCCCAGACGGCCUGAUGCUCUGCGCCUUCUCUCCGGGAGAUCAGGAAGAGUUCCUGGCCAUUCAGCUCAGAAAUGGACGCCCCUACUUUUUGUUUGAUCCACAGGGCUCAGUGGUGGCUGUGACUGUACAGGGUGAUGGAGGGCGCCGCUACAAUGAUGGACAGUGGCACAGCAUCAUAGCAACAAGGCGAGGGGCCGUGGGAACAAUCGUUGUCAACAAUCAAUACAGAGGAAGUGCGUCAGCUUCCAGCGGCAGCACCAUCAUCGGGGAGAACACGGGGAUGUUCGUUGGAGGGCUGCCGGAGGACUUGACUUUGCUGAGGGAGGAUUCAGGUGAUGCUCGGCUAGUGCAACAGCGUUUCUCUGGUUGCCUCAGAGACUUGAGUUUUAAGGUGACUGACAGCCCGUCAGAGGAAUGGAAAUCUCUCGACUGGGCAAAAGCCACGAAGAAGGUGGCGGCGUAUGAAAGCUGGGAGGGAUGCCCUGUUCAGACUGUGGAAGGAGCCCAUUUCCUGGGUCAUGGUUUCUUGGAGAUGGUCAGCGAUGUAUUCAGUGGAGGACAGGACUUUGACAUUCAUAUGGAUUUCAGAACAGACCAGCUCAAUGCACUUUUACUCUUUACAUACAACACUCAAACUGGGGACUAUAUGCUGGUGGAGCUGGAAGCCGGCCUCCUGUCCUUUAUUCUUGCCGCCGACGGUCACGUGACUGAACUCAGCAUGUGGGUGGGGCUUAGCUACUGCGACGGAGACUGGAAGCCGCUUUCGUUGGCGAAACGCGGCUCGCUCAUUUCGGCAGCAGUGGAUGACUGGGCGGAGGAGGCCAGGGGAGCAGGAGAGGCAGUGAGGCUGAGAGUUGAUUCGCCCUUAUACCUGGGGGGCGUGCCCACGGAGCUCGUGCAUCCUGCCCUGGACAGCCGAAGUCACAAACACGGGCUAGGAGGUUGCGUAAAGGCUCUUACCAUACGGAGUGAUGAAACAAACCCUCCCGCCAGUCAAAGUGUUAAUCUCUCCGUUGCCUCCCGCCGCGCUGUUAGAGUCUACUUAGACGGCUGUCCCACCAGUGAAAUGCGCUACAACUGCAGAGGAAACGAUUCGGUGUUGGUGUAUAGUGGGAGGAAGACCCGAGCCACAGAUCACAGCCUGCAGCCUUUCACUGAGUACUUGUACAGGUUUGUGGCCUUGGCUGCAGGAGGUUGGGCAGGUGGACCCUGGCAGAGAGUACGCAGCCGCAGCAAAGUGCCGGGUUCUGUCCCGCCUCCCACCACCGUGCAGAGCGUGACCGGCUUCAGUGCCGAGGUGAGCUGGGCGCCGCCCACUGGGGACGUCAGAGGGCUGAUCGAUCGAUACGAGUUGAAGGCCUACAACAGAGAUCAGCCAGAGGCGCCACCUGUCCACGCCCGGUAUUUGGCGAAUGGAAAUCUCACAGGUGUGCUGCCGGGUCUCACGCCAUCCACUCGGUACAUCAUCACCGUGAGCGCCUGUAGUCCUGUUGGCUGCACCGAGAGUCUUCUUAACGACAGUGGUGAUGAUAAUGAUUUAAGAUCGAGCCUCACUACCCUGGAGGAAGCUCCAGAUGUUGUCUCUCCUCCAGCUGCAGUCUCCUCCCCCUCCGCCCUCUAUAUUACCUGGGACCCCCCCGCAAGGCCCAACGGAGGCAUUUCAGCAUACUGCCUCUAUCACAACAACCACAUGGUCUACAGGGGGAAGGAGCGACAACACAACAUCACUGGUCUUGGUGUCUACUCCACCCAUGUCUUGGUAUUGGGUGCAUGUACAUCAGUGGGCUGCACCAACAGUUCACAGGUGACUAUGCUGACCUCUCAGCUUCCUCCAGGACCCCUACACGUACCGACUCUCACCCUGCUGGACUCACGGACCAUUCUGGUGGAGUGGUCGCGUCCAUCCCAGGUAAACGGCGUCUUAGAGUUCUAUUCCGUCUUCCUGUCGCAUGGCGACGGUGGCGCAGCGGCUGCACUCGUCCAUAACAGCUCAGAACUUUUUGAAGAGCACACGCUCCGCGACCUCACCCCCGGAACACUUUACACCGUCACACUCGCCGCCUGCACCGGAGGCGGCUGCACCGUAAGCCCCCCCAGCCGGGCUCAGACUGAGGAGAGCACCCCGGAGAAUGUCCCUGCGCCGCGGGUCACGCCCCUGUCCCCAAAUGCACUCAACGUCAGCUGGACACCGCCCGGCACUCCCAACGGCGUCAUAACCAGCUAUGGUCUCUGGCUGGAUGGAGCGCUCCUUUUAAACUCCAGUUCCUCCCUGAGGUUCUUUGUGGUGGAGGGUCUUUCUGCGUGGAGCCAGCACGUGGUCAGGCUGCAGGCCUGCACCGCACGAGGCUGUGGCAAGGGGCCGAUGGUGGAGAUGCGUACGUUACAGACGGCCCCAGAGGGCCCUAUACUGUUGGAACUGACCAAUCGGAGCUCUCGAUCACUCCGAGCCCGCUGGACAGCCCCACCUAGACCGAAUGGAAACCUCAGCUACACACUGUACUGCAAGAGCAAAGGUGGUGUCGGUGUGUUGGAUGGAGGUACAGAGGCAGGAAGCUGGUUGUCUGUGACUGACCUACAGCCUUACACCAACUACAUCUUCUGGAUCAGAGGGUGUAACACACACGGUUGUGUCGAAAGCCUGCCACUCAAUGUCACCACGCCCCCCGCUGCCCCAGACGGGUUGUCACCUCCGACGUUGGCUCACAGAACCAGGACCAGUCUGAAUGUGUCCUGGUCCGCCCCUGCUCACUCCAACGCACCGGGGCCACUCCGUUACAGCCUGCAAAUGAGGACGUCCCCUCAGAGGCCUGUGAUAAGGCUCCUGGAAAACGCAACGGCGACCUUCUCCCACCAUGUGGAGGGCCUGUCGCCGUACACCCAGUACAUGUUCAGAGUGGGGGUCUCGCACACAUAUGGGCGGGCAGUCGGCCCCUGGGCGGCCAUGCUCACCGCAGAGGACAGCCCGGGACCAGUCGACAGUCCAGCGGUUUCCAGGCUCCAUCCUCGCGGUGUAACAAUCACCUGGGAUCCUCCCUCCCAACCAAAUGGCAUCAUCACCCACUACACCCUCCAUCUUAGCCCCGGCUCCACCUCUUCUUCUGGUUCCAAGCCCAGUUCAGUCUCCAGCAUCAGCUCAACCCUCAACUCCAGUUUAGGUCGUAACCCGAGCCAAUUGCCUGGCACCGAGGGUGCAAAUCUCACCUCGAGCCAUGACCUCGGGCCAACAUCCAGUCUUGCCCCCCGAGGCGUAAGCCUCAUCUCCAUGUCCGCUGUCCCCACAGGCAGUGACGACGGCUCAAGUGCAAUCCAAGGCACGACACCCGACUUCCUCCAGAACCCUUCCUCCAGCUUGAGUCCUGGUAUCGCAGACGACGACCAGAUUGAGUCCACUGGUGUUAGCGCUAGCAGCCAAGGCCCUGCUUCGAACCCAACCCAUCCCACUGGACCCAGUACCCCCAGUGACAGCCCCAUUGCUGGUUUCUUUAGUACGGCUUCAGAUUCACGUUCAUCCCGUCUAUCAGUCACUGUUCCAGGGAACGCCACCAGCUACACCUUCCUCGACCUGCCGCCAUACCAGACCUACAGCCUCCAGAUGGAGGUGUGCACCAGUGUGGGUUGCUCAGUGUCUGGGAUGUCUCAGGACUUCCGUACACUUGCAGCUGCCCCUGAAGGGGUCCCUGCACCUCACCUUUACUCUGACACCCCCACCUCUGUGCUCUUGUCCUGGAGUGGACCAGAGUGGAGCAAUGGACCACUGGAGCGGUGGCUGAUUGAACGCAGAGUCACUGCAACCAAACAAGUCUCCACAGUGGGCCGUCUCCCACCAGACCCUCCCCCUCUUUCUUUUCUGGACUCUUCAUCGGCCCUCAGUCCCUGGACUAGCUACCAGUACCGACUCGUGCUCCAUAAUCGAGCCGGCAACACGACAGGGCCCUGGGUCAACGUCACCACCAGACCUUCUCGGCCAGCUGGUCUCAGUCCUCCGAGGGUGAAGGUGUUGGGGCCAGAGUCACUUCAGGUAACAUGGUCUCCUCCUCUUAUUCCCAAUGGAGAAAUCCAUGGCUACGAGAUCCGCCUCCCAGAAGCCCGCAUCUUCCAUGACGGUGCCGAUGCUUCCGAGUUCAACGUCACAAUAACGGACGUCGUUCCACACACAAACUACAGUAUUACCGUGCUGGCGUGUUCCAACGGUGGUGGCCAUGUUGGAGGAUGUACAGAAAGCCUGCCCACGCCUGCUACCACUUUUCCCACAAUCCCUGAAGGCCUUGAACCGCUGUCGGUAGUGGCAGUCAGCGAGUCCUUCCUGGCCAUUUCCUGGGAGCCACCAAGCAGGCCCAACGGACCUAACGUCAGAUACAAGUUGCUCAGACGUAAAACCCACCAGCCCCUGGCCAUCGCCGCGGUCCCCACGGUUACGGCCGUGUCCCCUCCCCCCUCCGAAGAUCUCCAUCGCUGGCUCCGUGUUUACUCCGGCACCAAAUUGUUCUACCAAGAUAAAGGCCUAAGCAGAUUCACCCGUUACCACUAUCAGUUAGUGGUAGAUAAUGACGUGGGCUCCUCCUCGGGACAGAUUGUUACCGCGGUGACCAUGGCGGGGGUUCCCCACCACCCUCCGUCUCUGUCUGCCCGCGCUGUCAAUCACACCGCUGUACGGGUCACCUGGACACAACCCUCUUUGCAAGACCUGCAGGGAGAGGUGGAAUCUUACUUUCUGACAAUAACGUCUGCCCGGUCGAGCCAAAUCGUGGCUUUCCCCCCUGAGAUCACGUCCACGGUGAUAAGUGACCUUUGGCCCAGCACCACAUAUCUGUUGUCAGUGCAGGUGUCCAACGGAGCUCAUAAUACAACGAAGGCGACGGUUAACGUCACCACAGAAGACGGAGAGCCAGACGGGAUUUCCGCCCCAGAAGUGGUUCCGGUUAACGGCAGCACGGUUCGUGUGCUUUGGUUCCCUCCUCUACGGCCCAACGGAGCGGUUACCGGUUACUACAUCUACCUUAAUGGCCGUCGUCAUGGCAGUGUAGACAACAGCUCAGGCUCCUACCUGCUGGGCGACCUGCUGCCUUUUACCGUCUACAACGUACAGGUGGAGGUGUGUACCGUGUAUGCAUGUGCGCAGAGUAAUAUUACUCAGACAACUACUGUGGAGGACCUGCCUGCCGAGCUGGCCACGCCACACGCUCACGUGAUCAAUCCCAGGGUGGUGAGGUUGGACUGGUCCCAUCCAGGCAGACCCAGUGGGAUCAUGCUGGGCUAUGACGUUUUAAGACGGGCCUUGAGGUCAUGUGCCGCCGGCUCCAAGGGGGUCACAUCCUCUGCGGGGGGAGAGUCGGGCGGUGCGAGGCUCAGGUGUUCCUACCUGCAGUGUCCGGCCAGUCACGCUGUGUGUGGGACGUCCUGCUUCCAUCCCCACAUUCAGGUGUGCUGCAGUGGGCUGCUGUCCACGAAGAAACCACAUCAUCAUUGCUGUGAGGGCAGUUACCUGAGUUUGAGUACUUCCUCCACUCCGGCCUGCUGCAAUGGCAAACUGCUCCCGGCUCUGCCUGACCACCAGUGCUGUGGAGGAUACUAUCUUCAUGUAAAAACCAAUGAACACUGCUGCCCUGACCACGAGCAGGGCCGGGUCUCAGUGGGGCUGGGUGACAGCUGCUGUGGGGGGGUUCCUUACUCCAUGAAGGGCGGCCAGCUCUGCUGUGGUGGGAGCCUCCACGACGGCUACGGGGUCCGAUGCUGCGGAGGCCGUAUCGUAGACGACGCUCUGGUGUGCUGCGGCGAUGCCCAGAGUGGGGAAGUGCGUACAUAUACCCCAGGUUUUGUCUGCUGCGGUCAGGAGUACAUAAACUCUUCAACCUCUCUGUGCUGUGCGAGUCAUGACGGAUAUCCCACAAUGCACCCUGCUGGCAAUGCCACAGUGACACUGCGGUGCUGUGGGUCAAAGGUCAUACAUCAGGAGCAGGAAUGCUGCAACGGGAUUGGCUACGACCCUCAGCGACACGUGUGCGCGGACGAACCCACACCCGGCCUGCUGAUACAGCGCCGGUGUUUGCAGGGCGCCGUGUGUCCCGUGGCGGCAGCGUCCACGGCCUACUGCGGCGUGUGUGACCUCGACCCGGCGGCGAGCGCCUGCACGUGGGUCCUGUCUGCGCACAGACGCCCCGAGAAACCCUCCACGACACACGCGCCUUCCUUCAGCAGCACUCGGGAAACCCUCACCGGGGGCCCGUCCUCCCGCACACACAGAAGUGAGAACACGUACAACAUGGCAGACGCACGCAGUCGCACACACGCUGAGGACCUGCGGCUUGAGGGGAGCCUGUGCCCGUCCAACGAGGAGGUCGUGUACCGCGGAGAGUCCAACAGAUACACCUAUACAGACUCUGGGCUGGAGCCCUUCACCACCUACGAGUACCGAGUGAGGGGCUGGAACAGCUUCGGGCGAGGCUCCAGCGAUGCGACAACAGUGACCACCAGUGAAGACAAGCCGUGGGGAGUGGCACCGCCCCGCUGGAGUCGCUUAGGAGAACGAGAUGACAUCAUCCAGUUGCUAUGGCAAACACCCGCCAGGCCUAAUGGGGACAUCACCCACUAUGUUGUGCUGCGGGAUGGACAAGAGCGUUACCGUGGUGAUGAAAGCAGUUUCACUGAUGUGGCUGGGAUCAGCCCUUUCCAGGAAUACAGUUACCAGCUGAGGGUCUGUAACCGGGCUGGUUGUGCCGACAGCACAAAGGUGGUGGCGGUGACCGUCCAGGGCGUCCCAGAGGGCGUGCAGCCUCCAGUGGUAGCUGCUUUAAGCCCUUUCUCCCUCCUUGUGAGCUGGUCUGAACCCACUCGUCCCAAUGGGAACGUACACCAGUACCACCUGAACCAGACCGGCGUAGGAACCGUAUUCACACACAUCGACGGGCCCAGAAAUUACACGGUGACUGGUUUGCAGCCGUACACAGACUACAGCUAUGUGCUGGUGGCCUGCACAGCUGUUGGAUGUGGAGCCAGCUCACCUUCCACAGGACGCACGAUGCAAGCCUCCCCUGCUGGUGUAUGGUCAAGCCCCAGACAUCUGACGAUAAACACAUCUGCGGUGGAGCUGUACUGGGAUCAGCCACCCCGGCCCAAUGGACACAUCUCCCAGUACAGACUGAACAGAGACGGUCACACUAUUUUUACUGGAGACCACCGUGACCGGAAUUAUACCGACACUGGACUCCUGCCAAACCACAGGUAUGUGUAUGAGCUGGAGGCCAGCACCGGGGGUGGGACCAGCGUGAGUGACACAUAUGUUAUACAAACACCCGUCUCAAGCCCCACUGGGAUCCAACCUCCGCACAAUGUGACCGUGCUGGGCCCCCACUCCAUCUCUCUUGCCUGGACCCCUCCUGCUCAGCUCAGCAGCAGCGAGCCUGUAGACUACGUCAUCCUGUUGAAUCCAGAACGCGACGGAGGCGUAACUCGUCCUGCUGGCCGAGCUCGUCGCCUCACUGUGAUUGGUCUAGAGCCAUUCACCGCCUACCACAUCCGAGUGCAGGCCUGUCAAAUUGGUGGGUGUGGCGUCGGAGAGGGUGUGUCUGCUCGGACGUUAGAGACCGCCCCAGAAGGUCAGCUGGCUCCCACAGUGAAGGCAGCUGGAGCCCGAGUCCUGGAGAUCCACUGGUCACCUCCCCAAAAACCCAACGGACUCAUCACAUCCUACGAUAUAUACAGGCGUCCAGGAGGAACCGAGGAGGAGCUGCUGGUUUUUAUCUGGUCCAGUGGGCCGCUUGAAUUUUAUGAUGCAAGCCCUGCCCUGCGACCCUUCAGCCACCUGCAGUACAGGGUCCGGUCCCACAACUCCAAAGGCUCCGUACUGAGCCAGUGGGCUUCAGCGCUGACCUUACAGGCAGAACCACAGGAUAUGGCCCCUCCCACUGUCACACCCACCGGUGCGUACUCAGCCCAUCUGACAUGGGGGGAACCGGGACAGCCCAACGGUCUCAUUUCCCAUUAUAGACUGGUUUACAAGGAGCACCAGCAGGACCCAACGCUCAACUCAAUGGCUGUUAUUGCUCUCACUGUGGAGGGUUCAGUCCAAGAAGCGACAGUCUUCGGUCUGGAACCGUACACACAGUACAGUCUGCGAGUGGAAGCUGUGAACGAGGCGGGUAGUGUGUCCAGUCCAUGGGAUGCCAUCAGGACCCUGGAGGCUUCUCCGGCCGGCCUGGCUAACUUCACAGUGGAGCAGAGAGAGCGGGGCAGGGCGUUGCUGCUGAUCUGGGAUCAGCCAAGUGCUCCAAAUGGAAUAAUCACGAUGUACAACGUGUACAGCGAGGGGAACCUUGAAUUCAGUGGACUGUUGCGCAACUUCCUGUUUCGUCGCUUGGAGCCCUGGACCAUGUAUUCUCUGAUCCUUGAAGCUUGCACCUCAGCCGGCUGCACACGCACCCCACCCCAACACGUCACCACAGCAGCAGCUCCACCUGCUCUUCAGCCUCCUCCCAGGCCUCUCUUCAUUGGCCCAGACCGUGUGACACUUACCUGGGGCCCUCCCUCCCAGCCCAACGGGCCAAUUGGAGAGUAUUACUUACUCGGGAGAAAUGUUGAGGAAGUGGGGAAUGGAAGAAGUCAUGAAGAGGAUAUUGAAAGGGAAAAGGUGCUGUUCAGAGAAUCAUCCCCACAGCAUGCUGGCCCCGUGUCGUACACAGUGGCCGGUCUGCGUCCCUGGACACAGUACCAAUUCAGUGUCCGGACUCACAACCCCACCGGACACACCCGCAGCCCAUGGGUGACUGUGACAACCAGACAGGCCCCUCCUCGGGGUCUAGCUCCCCCAAAGGUGAGUCACCUCCAAGGCCAGCCCAGUGAGCUGUUGGUGUCCUGGACCCCUCCUUUGGAGCCCAACGGGAUCCUUCAGUCCUACCGGAUUCAGAGGAGCAAUGUCAGUUUCUCCUUUAGCUUUGACGCCACUGUCCUCAGCUACACCGACGAAGACCUCCUGCCAUUUUCGACAUACAGCUAUUCGAUUAUAGCCUGCACGUCCGAGGGAUGCAUCACCAGCCCACAUGCAAACAUCACAACUCUAGAGGCUCCACCUGCCACAGUGGAGGCUCCCACAGCGGAGAGUGUCACAUCCAAUACUUUAAACAUUUCCUGGAGCAAACCACUGACCCAGAAUGGAGAGGUGACUGAAUAUGUGCUGAAAUUGAACAACGAGGACACUUAUCACGGGAGAGAACUGAAUGCAGUGUUGUCAGAUCUGCGGCCACACACGUCAUAUCAUCUGGUCCUGGUGGCUUGUACCAGCGGUGGGUGCACCGCCAGCGCCUCACUGUCCAUCGUGACUGAGGAGGCUCCUCCCACUGUCCUGCCUGCCCCGACUCUUAAGGUAACAGGCCCAGAGUCGGUGGAGGUGAGCUGGAGACCGCCGGAGCACCCUAACGGCAUCAUCACAGGGUACGAACUCCGCAGAGACGGUGCAGUCAUCUACGUCGGCACCGAGGCCCAUUACCACGACUUCACCCUGUUGCCGAGUGUAGAAUACAGCUACGUUAUCAGGGCCAACAACAGCAAAGGGGCCGUGAGCAGCACGGCGGCCACAGCCAAGACUCACGCGUCAGCUCCUUCUGGGGUCGGUCCUCCCUCACUGACGCCUGAUGGACCAAACCGGUUGAGAGUAGACUGGAGUCCUCCAGCCCGUCCUAAUGGAGACAUUGUGAGUUACACUGUGUAUGAAAGAGAUCCAGUCCAGCUCCAGAUCACCAGCUCUGUGUUCACUCCAGAGGACGGUGACUUCUCUGACCGACACACCACUCUGCAUGGCCUGGCUCCGUACCACAGGUAUGAAGUGAGAGUGGAGGCAUGCACUGCGCUGGGCUGCUCCUCCAGUGACUGGGCAUCUGGACUCACUCUGGAAGCGCCCCCUGCUGGACAAACAGCGCCACUGUUGGACCUUCACCCUGACGCGCACACCGGCCUGCAGACGACCUUUCUGCUCACCUGGACCCCUCCAGCUGAGCCAAAUGGUAGAGUCCUUCAUUACGAGGUGUACCGCAGACUGGACCAUCCCACCGAUGUCCACAGGCGUCAUGCAGCAACGCUUGUUUACAAGAACAUCUCUACUACUUGCAAAGAUGAAGCACUCAAGCCGUAUACUGUCUACCAGUACCAGCUCUGGGCGGUGAACUCGGCCGGCCGCUCCGCCGGUCCGUGGGCCGAGGGGCGAACGGGACCCGCCCCACCCGAGGGUGUCGGCGCGCCGGUUUUCCUGCGUGUGUCGGCGACCUCGGCACUGGUGACCAUCCGUCCUCCAGCGCGGCCCAACGGGGUGGUCAGCCUGUACCGAGUGUUCUCAGUGCACCACGGCAACCACACCCUGCUCUCGGAGGGGACAUCCCGCCAGCAGACGCUCCACGACCUACGCGCCUACACUCGGUACUGGGUCGGAGUCGAGGCCUGCACCUGUUACCAGUGCUGCAGCCAGGGCCCGCUGAGCGAGCUCCACACCUUGGCCGCCGCCCCGGCCCAGCAGCCGCCGCCUCGCCCCGUCACCCUGACCUCCCGCUCCGUUCAGCUGGAGUGGGACGAGCCUCUGGCGCCCAACGGAGUGAUUGAGAGCUGCGAACUACAUCUCAGGUCACCUUGCCCGCAGCCUCCCCAGCCUGUGGCCCUCCCUUGCGUUGAAGGGCCAAUAGAAAUCAGUUUCUUUGGCAGGAGGAGGAGCUACAAUGUGACAGGUCUCCAGCCGUACUCCACCUAUCAGCUGAGAGCUGCCUGCUUCAACAACAUGGGCAGCACGGCCUCCAACUGGACCGCUGUGACGACGCUCAGUGAAGCCCCACAGUACGUGUCUCCUUUCCCGGUGGACAGCAACCUGACAGUGAUCUGGCUGGACUGGACCGCGUCCUUCUCCCUCAACGGGUACCUGAAGGAGUUCAGUGUGACAGAGAGCCAGCUGAGGGUCUACACGGGCUUCUACAGCUAUCUCCAUAUCCCACGCACCUCACAGAAAACUCUUUCAUUUCAAGUGACUUGCACCACAAACGGUGGCAGCGCCAGUUCUCCCACCAUCAGAUAUAGCCCUGCAACAGGCCUAGGUCCUCCGGCGCCCGAAGACGUCGGCGAAGAGGGCGUCGGCCUGUCGGCCCCGCCGGUUUACUCUGAGCUGUGGUUCAUCUUGCUGCUGGCGCUGCUGGGUCUGUUCCUGCUGGCCCUGCUGCUGGGCCUCGUGCUACAGAGAGCCCUGAGGAAGAAUCCAUCAGCCAGAGAGCGCCCCCCGCUGGUCACGCUGCAGAAGACAAGGAAGGCCGGCGGAGAGGCGUACAUGCGGCCCCGCCCUGAGUUGUGCUCUAAGCAUCUCUCCAGCUCGGUGCUGCUGCCCGACCGCCCCACAUUUGACACUGUAGCCGGCUGUGUUGAGGUCAGCAGCGUUUUGCUUAAAAGCUUCACUGUGUCCACCGAGGGUCUGACGGACACAAAGAUCGUGGGCAGCAGCUCGCGGUUCAGCCCCAUGACGGUCCUCCGGGUCCCGAGGCAGACGGACCUCAGCCACGCCCACUCCCAGCAUGCACUGCACCGCAGCGUCAGCCAGCUGAUUGACAGGAAGUCACUAAUGAAGGAGGAAGGAAGCUGGGACAACCCAAUGGGACAUGACUCUGGACUGUACGGGGAGGAAGACGAGUUCGUGGACGCCAUCAAGGCCUUGGGGUCCGUAAAGAACCACGAGCAAACCGUGUUCACCGACACCCAUCUCUAAGACCGCCACGCCUCCUCGGGCGUCAGCCACGCAGCCGACUAGUUUCAAAAGACCGUCGACAUUCCUGGUGUGGAAAGUUAUUUAGACAACUUCCAAUGCUCUAAAGUGUUGAAAAUACAUUAAAAGUCAUGUUUACAUACCUGCAAACUUGUCACCUUUCGGUGAAAUUCACCGUUUUGAAAUCAAAAUAGGUCAUCCAAGUGAAUCGUGUAGAUCCAAAGAGCUUUUGUUUUGGGGUGUGGGGGGGGGGGUCAACUGGCCGGCCGGCGUUUAUGAGAUUGCAGUGAGACACGGAGAAAAUGCGAUAUGGUGCUCUUCGAAAUAAAACUUCUUUGAUGGGACGUGUCGCGUCUCGGCCAAUCAGCGUUCAGAUGUCGACAGCGUUUAGGUUAGCUUGAAUGUCAGCCCGCUACAUCUGCUGCUGUCACGCUGCACGGUGUAUCGAUGCUAACAAAGAACCCGUACGUUAAACACGAUGUGAUUUAGCAUAUUUUUUAUCAAUACUACAUUAAAAGAGCGCGAUCAGAGCGCACGCGCUGCUCCGUGUCAAGCUGUCUGCACGCAAUGCGCUGCACAGCGCUCACAGCGAGUGGCGUCACGUGGCGGAGCUUUUGAGACUUAAAGUCUUCAGCUUUAAAAAGAAGAAAAAGAUGAUUCCAGAAGUGAAAUGUUUCAGUUCUUUGUCUCCAAGGCAGACAGUCUGUAAAGUUCUGUAACUCUCCAGCUGCUCAUCCUGAUGAACUGUAUCAUCUGGUCAGAUACUGACUAAAGGCCUCAUAGUGUAUAAUCAAUGCUAUGAUGGGACCAUGUAGUUUCAUUCAUAUCUGGCUGUAUUAAUACUAAUAAUACUGCCAUUUGUUAAGUGUUGAAAAAGUUGGUAAAAAGUGAACCAUACAGAUGUUUUAUUUAUUUCUAUUAUAGAUAAAUAUACCAGUAUCGUAUUUAUGGUAUCAUAUUAUUUUUAUGGUAUUGUAUCGAAUUCUGGUAUCAUGAUAUUUAUGGCAGGUAUUGUAUAGAAGUUAUAAUGUUAGUGACAGCCAGGUAGAGGCAGAACAGACUCAGGAACAGAGUCAUGGCUCAGCAGAGCUCACGAGUCCUUGUUGUUCAGGCCAAAGAAAGGGAAGUUGGUUUAUGAAUGACUUUAACCAUAUGAUAUAUAAUGACAACGCAUAUUUUAUUACGAUCAUUAUAUCAUUAAUAAUAUUUCUACUUUAUACAUUUUGUUGUAAAACUACCAAUGUUCAGCUAAAAAUAUUAUUAGAUUAAUCAAUUAGUUGCUUUAAGAGAAGAAAAGAUUGUUGAUAAUAAUUUCACUUGAAAUAAUUAAAAAAACAUUUUAUGGUUCCAGCUUCUUAAAUUUGAAGAUGUGCUGCUUUUCCAUUUUUCCUAAUUUGAAUGAUUUUUAAAUAUUGUUAUACUUGUGUUCGCCAGUAGGGGCAGUAGCGGGUUUUGCCAUGACUGGUGCCGCAAUUCUUGUCUUAAACAAACAAGUUAGACCAGCGUAACACAGACAGUGACGCAGCUGUUGAUGCGAGUCUCUUGGUGUUUACUGGUGAGAAACAUACAUAAACACCAUAUAUAUAUUAAUGUUAUGUUCGCUCGCUUUUAUAUUUUGACAGUUAUUAACUGUAGAAGUUAAAGUGAAGACAGUUAAUUAAGACUCGCGCCGUUUAGCUCGCAACAAUGGUCUGCUGGCCUGAGAAUUACAUUGUUCCAUGAAAGAUUAGAUAGUUACAAGUUGUGUCCCGUGAGAGAUACAAACAGUAGUAUGCACACACAUAAGUACAACAUGUACAUGCAUAUAAAGUUUAAACGGGUUUCCUGGUGGAAGUCACUUCUUGUCAGUGCCUUGAUCUCCGUGACCUUGUCCGUCACCAUGGAAACGUUGUCACAUGACAUGUCUACUCUGGUUCUGUGACGUCGCUAGUGACGUCACGGAGCACCGAACCAGAGUCUGUAUAUAGAAGUGAUUUCCAGCAGGAAUUCAGUGUGUGAAUCUCACAGAAACCCCCCCACCCCUUCUCCAUUCAGCCACUUCCCGGGGUGGGGGCCUCUGAUGGGAUAUCACACACAGGGUGGGUGGGAAGGUUUAUUAUACAUUAUAUAUUAUUGGAUAAAAGAGGAACAAAAGGAAUUAAUUUCUUACAUAAUUAAGAAAUGAAAAAAGUGUUCAAGUGCACACAAUUCAGGAAGUUACUUGAUUUGUAAAAUAGUGUAACGUGGGACUUGUUAACCUGUGAUUGUCGCUCAAGUCGGCCGUAGAGAUUUCUCUGAAUGGGCCUCGCUCCUCUUCACACCUGGGCCCAUGCAAAAUAAAUAUUACUGAAUAUUUCAAGGUGUGGUGGCCAUCUUACCGGGUUCACCAUCAUCUUUCAAGGUGUUGUAACUAUUCUAUUAAUAUAUUUAUAUAUAUAUAUAUAUAAUAUUCUUAUUAGAAGGGUUUGUGGGCACUGACUUAGUCAGAGCAGAGGACCUCCACCUCGUUGUCACCUUUUUCCCCCCUCAUGAGUUUGCAGGUAUGUGUUUAGCAUUGAUGGCCAAUAGUGGUUUUGAUGAUGUCACCAUGCGCGCGUUGAUACGUAUUACUGAUGUUCAGCUCCAACGGGGAGCGGGGUAACGAUGUUUGACUGCAGCGUGAACUCUAUUCACAUCGUGUGCUGCUGCACGUGUGAAGAGUCUGACCCGGAGGAGGAAUCCGACCUCCGUGAGUCCAGGUCGGACACGGACACAGCUGAGGUCAACUCCUCCUCCGAUGAAGAGCCGGAUCAGAUCUGACCGCCUCGUGAGUCGCCCUCUGCUUGCCAACUGUUUAGUCGUUUUAAAACAUUUAGAAAUAUUAGCGACACAGAUUUUGCUUCUCACUAUGUGGAAUCAAACCGUUCUAGAAAUCAAUUAAUAUCAAAGGUCUCAGUGACCUGGUGAGCUUUUAAUGCAUCUUCAUCUUCAUCAUCAUCACCAGCAGUAGAAUAAGACACAUGGUGUUAGUUUUAUGACAGAAACAUGCCAGCUUGAUUGUUAUUGUUGUGUUUAGAUGUGUCUGUGAAUCACUGAUGUGCCGUCUGGUCGUUGUGAUGAUGUCACCUGAAGCCCGAUCUGAGAUCAGUUGAGGUCCUUCACCGAGAAUUUAAAUGAGGAAACGAGUUGUGUGUUGAACGUGUGAAGCUCAACGUCUUCGUUUGAUUUCACAGUUCAGCUGUCAGCGGAGACUUACAUAUUAUUAUUAGGGCUGUGAAACGAUUACAAUUUUUAAUCGGGUUAAUCACUAAUUAAUCCUGUAAUUUAAUUAACUGAGUUAACGCGUUAUUUUUCACAGCACUAAUUAUUAUAUUAUAUAUUAUGUCUGUGUCGUCUCGUUUUUACUCAAGAAUGAAAACAGUUCAAGAUGAAAACAGAUCUCAGCUUCGUCCUGUUUUGGAAUGAAACGUUUAGAUUAGGAUUCCAUAAAUUUGGCUUUUCGUGUUUCAGAUCCACAUCAUAGAAACAUAGAAACAGUGUUUAUAACAUGUCUGUGUGCUGUUCGUGUGUGUGUGUGUAGAAAGUUGAAGCCCACUGUAUUAUACAAAUGGUUUUUUUCUUUUUUUACACUGACAGUAUUAUUUAUGGUUGUAAAAAAAAAGGGUAUUAUUUAUAAAUGAUUCAUUGAUCGAUGUCGUGUUUUUUCUGAGGAACUAUAAAAAAAUGUUUAACAACAUA